AUGCUUAGGGCUUUACUGGUCCCUCUACUAUUGCUGCAGGCAGUGGUUUCCGGGGCAAGUACCACUGGCCCCGAGGGGGUCACUCUGAUCAAUCAGAACUGGCUGUUUGGGGGAGAGUACACCGCCGGCAGCGAGGCUCCUGGAUUUGACGACAGUGGCUUCCAACAGGUUACCAUCCCUCACGUAGUGACGCCUCUCGGCUGGGAGCAGUGGGACAACAACACCUGGAACAAAGUCUGGAUCUACCGCCGUCAUUUCGACCUUCCCCGUGGUGAUUCUGGUCGGACGUUCAUUGAUUUCGAUAGUGUCCUCACCGUCACCACCGCCGUGAUCAAUGGCCAGACGCUGCCAACGCACGAGGGAGGCUACUUGCCCUUCAGCUAUGAAAUCACCGACUACGUCAAGGAGACUGGUAACAUUAUUGCUGUCAUUGUCGACGCAAGAUGGUCCUAUGUAAACCCCGAAGGUUCUCCGGCUGGUCCUAAAAGUAUCGACUACUUGGAGCCCGGUGGUAUCAACAGGGAUGUUUCUUUGCGCACAGUGCCGUCUUCCUUCAUCUCUGAUGUCUUUGCCAAACCUGUCGAUGUCCUCAGCACCUCGCGACAGGUCGUGGUCGAAACCACCAUUGACUCCGCCAAAGCUCCGGGACAAAUCAAGAUCAACUCACAACUUCAAGACGCGGGUCAUGUGCUCUCUCAGACUACGAAGGAUUGGAAGAUUUCCCAGACCGGAAACUCCACGUUUACGCUCAAUAUCCCUGCACCGAACGUCAAGCUGUGGUCACCCAGCUCCCCAAAUCUAUACCAGGUGGUCACGAGCCUGACCGUCGACAGCCAAGUGGUUCAUACAUUUACCCGCAAUAUCGGUUUCCGGGAAGCCAACUUCACCACGGACGGCUUCUUCCUUAAUGGCGACCGAUUCCAGAUUUUUGGGCUUGACCGCCACCAACUGUUCCCGUACAUUGGAAUGUCCGCCUCAGAACGCCUCCAGAAGCGCGAUGCUGAAAUUCUGAAAGAACUCAACUGCAACAUGGUUCGCUGCUCCCAUUACCCACAGUCUCCUCACUUCUUGGACAUGUGCGAUGAACUCGGGAUUAUGGUGUGGCAGGAAGUGCCGGGCUGGCAGUUUAUUGGAAAUGCUUCAUGGCAGCAGCAUGUCGUCUCAGAUGUCCAUGACAUGGUCAUCCGGGACCGCAGCCGUCCGUCCAUUAUCCUGUGGGGUGUCCAGGUCAACGAGUCUCCUCUGGAACCCGCCCUCUACACCCAGACCAAGAACGUUGCUUACGCUUUGGACGGCAGCCGACAGACGUCGGGGACUGAAACAAGUCAAAACUUGGUCAACUGGGUAGGAGACGUUUUUGCCUACGACGACUACCACAGCGAGGAUGGAAACGCGAUUCUGUUGCCGCCACUCACCACCGUUCCUUAUCUGAUCACGGAAUCCGUCGGUGCACUGGAUGGCCCAAAAUAUUUCCGAUGGAUUGACCAGCAGGAUGUUGUGCAAGACCAGGCCAAGCUGCACGCUCAGGUACACGACAUUGCGGCCAGCAAUAAUAGUUACAGUGGUCUUCUGGGCUGGUGCGCCAUUGAUUACCAGUCACUGAAUGGCAACAUCUAUGAAAAUGUCAAGUGGCCUGGAGUGAUCGAUACUUUCCGUGUGUACAAACCUGGCGCUUCAUUUUAUCUCACCCAGGGUGAUCCGGCCGAUGGCGCUCUGAUUGAACCGGCCUUUUAUUGGGAUUUUGGCUCCUUCUCGCCUGUAACCACGCUGGGUGACAAUGCUACUAUUUGGUCGAACUGCGACACCCUGGAAGCGUAUAUCAACGGAGAGCAUUAUGCGACGCUCAGUCCCGACACUGCCAACUUCUCUCACACAGCUCAUCCCCCAUUCUACCUGGACACGACCAAACUCAAUACCAGUGCUGCUUUGCCGGAACUUCUUCUCGAGGGAUACGUGUCCGGGAAGAAAGUCACCUCGCGUACUUUAUCCGGAAGCACUGAGGGGGAUCAUAUCCGGAUAACUCUGAAUGACCCGACAUUGGAGGCUGAUGGCAUCGACAGUACACUCAUAUCCUUCCGUGCUGUGGACAAGUACGGGAACCCGCGUCCCUACGCCAGCGGCAAUGCGACCAUCUCCAUUCGGGGCCCAGGCGAGUGGGUCGGUAGUAAAUUCGCCAAUGAUGUCUUUCCUUUGAGUGACAAUGGAGGGGUUGGGGGAGCGGUGAUUCGCACCAUUGCUGGCCAGACUGGAACUAUUGUGGUUGAAGUUUCUCAUGCAACGCUGGGUAGUGACACUGUUCGGAUCCGAGCUGUUUAA